AUCAUCGUGCAUCUUCAAAGCCUAAAUUGUACACCUUCCUAUAUAUACCUAUCCUCCAGAGGAAGAAGAAGGAAACAAAAUCUGGCGCUCGGUGGUUGAGAGAAUUUUCGCUUCCCAACAUUGUCCUGUGCUCGUUCCGCGUCGUCGAAGAGCGUUUCGACAACCUCGUCGCCUGCAGAGAGAACGAUCUCGGCUCCCACUUCGAAAUGGCAAAGCGCAUCCUGCUCCUCCCGCUGGCGUGCCUCCUGCUGCAGCAGGCCUACGGCUGGGAGAACACGCACCUGUUCGGCGACGUGUGCUGGUCGAACGGCUCGAGCGUGCUGUGGCUCCACCGUGGCGAGCUGCCGUCGGCCGUGGUGGGCCUGCGGUACCCGCUCGAAACGGCGCACAACUGCAGCUUCGCCGUGGCCAGCGACAGCGGCGCGCUCAUCGUGGUCGUCCGGCUGCUCGACCUGCGCCGGGAUCUCAACGGCACCUGCCUCGACCACGUCGCGCUGGAGGAAGGACCAGGCGGCCGCCCUCUGAUCUUCGAGGGUCCCCGAUGCUGGGCGAAGCAAGGCGACGACGUGAUGCACGCCCUGGCGCGCGGAGUCGUACACGUGCGCCUCAGCGUGACGCCGCCGGUCGAGCGCGUCUACAGGGGACUCAACAUCGCCUUCACCACCUACUCUCACGGUCGCGACACCUAUAGCCUCGUGCGCAAGACGCGUGACAUAGCGCGCAUCUCGCUCAAGAGAGCGCUGCAGCCUGCCCUUGUCGUGUAUGAUGAACGGUGUAUGGUCGACGCAGGCAACCUGUGCGACUCGGAAGAUAUGUUUCGCUGUGCCACGGGUGGAGACGUGUGCAUCCCGCGCCGGCUGACCUGCAACGGCAUCAACAACUGCGGCGACGACAGUGACGAGCCCAAGCACCUGAGCAGCGAGCACUGCCGUGUGGAUCCGGAGGACAUCUGGGGGCCCAUCGUGUUCUGCACCAUCCUGGUGGCCUUCUCCGGAAUCGUCAUCUACGUCAUCGUGCUCGACAUAUGCAUGGCUCGCGUGUCCUUCAGCACGAGCUCGACCAGCAGCACCAGCGGCGACACCAGCACGGACAGCAGCGACAGUGGAAGCGGCGACACCGUGCUCGCGCCGUUGCCGGAGGGCGACCAAGCCGUGCUCUUGCGCAACGCGGAAAUCGAAGUACAGGCGUGACGUGCAGGCGCUCGGGUAUUCGUGCAGGCGCCCGGCGAGCUGCGUCUACGACGUCCGAUAGGCUCAAGGUUGCAGCGCGCGUCAAAAUUGCGAGAACGUCCUUAACUACAUAUAUGCUGAGCGGUUCGAUGGAAAUUAAAGUUGAUCAGCUUUUCCUUGCGAA